AAGACAUGGAUCUCUUGUUUCUACUGCUCCUUCUCUUCUCCCUCCUCUCUCUGUGUCUUUCUGUUUCUGCCUGCUGCUAUCCAUCAAAGAGAAAACCCAACUCCCAUCUCGCAUUCAAAUCCUACCCUCUCCUUGGAAUAGGUCCAGACUUCUUGAGAAACCGUCACCGGUUUUUUGACUGGACCUCCGAUAUCCUCUGCUGGAGCCCCAAUAACACUACUGCAUACUGCCGCCCUGGGAUGCAUGGCAUCCUCACGGCAAACCCAUUAAACGUCGAACACAUUCUCAGGAACAACUUUGACAACUACCCAAAAGGCCCGUCUCACUUUCACACCUUAAAAGACUUCCUCGGCCGAGGCAUCUUCAACGCAGAUGGUAAUAUUUGGAAGGUUCAGCGCAAGAUUGCGAGCUUCGAAUUCAACACAAAGUCGCUUCGGAGCUUUGCAAUUACGAACGUGAAGGAGGAGAUUCAGACCAGGUUGGUUCCCCUGCUGAGGAAAACCAGUGAGUUAAACCAAGUGGUCGACAUGCAAGAUAUUCUAGAGCGUUUUGCUUUUGAUAACAUCUGUAAGCUAGCAUUCAACGUCGACCCAGGUUGUCUUGGCGGUGACGGAACAGCUGGGGCUGAGUUCAUGAAGGCAUUCGACGAUGCAUCACUAUUGAGCGUCGCCCGGUUCUUCGACGUCCAUCCCUUGUGGUGGAAGACCAAGAAGGCGCUCAACAUAGGAUCAGAGAGAAGAUUAAGAGAAGCCAUUAGGAUGGUUCAUGAUUUUUCCGAUAACAUCAUAAGGUCAAGAAUGGAAGAGGAAGGAGGGAAGCAAAGCACCGAGGAUCUACUGUCGCGAUUCGUUGCAGACGACUUGAAUUCACCAGAGUUCCUUCGUGACAUCGUCAUAAGCUUCAUACUUGCGGGACGGGACACGACGUCGUCGACGCUGGCCUGGUUCUUCUGGUUGCUGUCGUCGAGACCAGACAUCGAACAUAACAUACUAGACGAGCUAAAAUCAAUUCGAACUCGUACCAGGAAGGAGAUUGGCGAUGCGUAUAGCUUUGAGGAGCUCCGAGAAAUGCACUACCUACAAGCUGCAAUCUCCGAAGCACUGAGACUGUACCCUCCGGUUGCAAUGGACACGAAGGUGUGUCUGAAAGAUGAUGUCUUGCCGGAUGGUACGUCAGUGCGUAAAGGAUGGGUUGUGACAUACCACGCAUAUGCCAUGGGUAGGAUGGAGUGUAUAUGGGGAAAGGAUUGCAGAGAAUUCAGGCCUGAACGGUGGUUGGAGAAUGGAAGUUGCCGGCAGGAGAGUCCUUUCCGGUUUUCGGCGUUCCAUGCGGGGCCGAGGAUGUGUCUGGGGAAAGAUAUGGCGUAUAUACAGAUGAAAUCAAUUGCAGCGUCCGUGGUAGAGAGGUUCCAUAUCGAUGUGGUUGACGGGCUGAAGUGUCCAGAACUGCUACUUUCGUUGACAAUAAGGAUGAAAGGAGGUCUCCCCGUGAGAGUAAAAGAGAGAUGUUUUCAUAAUUAGGUGUUGUGUCUACAUAAGGGUCUAUGAUAAAUUAAUGAGUUGAUUAGAUAUUUUAAUAUUAACUAAUGAUA